GUCUGUCGAUGAUAAGGACAUUCCAGGGGCAAUUUCGAAUCCCGCCUUUCCAUUGGCUUCUAUUUAAAAUCGGUCCUUCAGCCUCACCCACCGAUCAAGGAUUCAUUUUCAGUUGAACGCCAAAUCCGAUCGACUCCGGUUCGUCCAAUAUCUCUCGCUCCUAAUCUGAAAACUAAUCUGUUAAAGAAAAAAAACUAUCGUUAAAUACCAUCCAAAUUAAUGAAUCCCUCCCAGUACCUCUUCCUAAUCCUCUUGGGAACCUUCUGCGUCUACGGAUUAUGGAAAACAAGCUCCCGUUCCUGGCAAACACCAAGAGUGCACGCCAAAGCGUCGAUCCAGUUCGACCUCUCGAUUCCAGCCUCGUCCCCGUCCGUUCUCCACCGAUUCUCCAACAAAACCAACAGAAGAGCAACCGACAAAGGUCACAGAAGGUAUCGAGGAGUUGUAUCCAAGUACAUGCUGGAGCUGUACCAUCGCAGAUCGGACGUGGACAUAGUCAGAGCGUUGGAGCCAAUCCACGUGUCGGGCCCAAUCAACGAUGGAGCCAAAAUUCUCGUGUUCUCGGUGCCUCCAAUCGAUCCUGACGAAGUGUUGGAAGUGGCGGAGCUGCUUGGGGUAGCGGGAUCCAUCCUCAGGGUUCGUCUUGACUACAUGGACACCUUCGAGAGCUGCAGAUCUAGGAGGGACGACAGUUGGAGGGCCUUCAACGUGACUUCCGCGGUUGCCACGAGGAAUGGCAGUGUUGUCAGGUUUCGGGUGUACGGUAGAGUUGGCUAUCAUCCUUGCGGGGACGGUCCGAUCUUGCUGCUGAGCUACGCCAAAGUGAGGAAGAGGCGUCCACGGCGAUCCGUCCAAGAGGAAGAGGCGGAGGAGGCCGACGGGCCUCGAAGAAGGCGCAAGAACUCGUGCAGGCGGCGUUCCAUGUACGUGGACUUCGCGCUGAUCGCUUAUGACGAUUGGGUGGUUGCCCCCCCAGGUUACGAGGCCUACCAGUGCUCUGGAAAGUGUUUCUACCCCUUCGGUGACCAUCUCAGCCCUACGAAACACGCGAUCGUGCAGACGUUGGUGCACGGGGCUCUUCAGGGCGUCGAUCAGGGUGGAAGCAAGCCAGUUGGGGCUUGCUGCGUGCCUACCAGAUUGGCGCCUACUAGUCUACUCUAUCUGGACGCUAGUGGGACGUUGACUUAUCAGUAUGGGUAUGAGGACAUGGUUGUCGCUGAGUGUGGCUGCCGCUGAAGAAGCUAUUCGGGUUGAUGAAGGAUGAUGCGAGUGAACGUUAUGAGAACGAAGAGAGACGUUUCUUUUUAAUGUUCGAUCGAUUUAUUUCUCUUUCUUCUCGCAGAAACGUCUUCAACGUCUCACAUCUCUUAAGAAUGAGAUUUCCAUUUCGAUGUAGAAAAAUAUAUAAUAUAUAUUUUAAUGCUCGAUUUUAUUUAAUUAUUAAUUUCAUAUAUCACAAAUCUUUCUUUAUAUUAAAUUUUAGAUUAGAAUAUAAUAUUUUUCACCAACAAAUACGUAUAAUGUUUUUAUUAUAUUAUUAUCUGAGUAAAAAUAUUCCUUCUGUGUAAUAAAAUAUUUAUUAUUUAUAGUUUUAUAAAUUAUAAAAUUCAAAAAUGAAAAAACACGAUAUACAUUUAACCCUUUAUAAUCGAUUAUAAGUUUUUCUAUUUAUUUAUAUCUAUUUGCAAGUAAUAAAUAUAAAAACUAUUUUAAAAUUAAAUAAUUAAAUCGUAUCAAAAAAAUAAAAAAUAUAAAGUAAAAAUAGAAACAAAUAAAAUAUUUGAGAUUAUAAAGGGUCGUUAUAUAGUUUAAAUCGAAAUUGAAUCGUGAAAUAAACUAACCACUGGAAUGACUUCAAGCGAUUUUCACCUAAUAAGAUUUCUUCGAAAAUUAUAAAUGCACCAAGUACUUACUUAUACAAUAAUAAAAAUCUCUUGCCUACAUCUUUGCCUCACGUAACACAUCGUUUCUGCGCAUAUUGCACUAAAUGCACAUG